AUGAGACGAAAAAGAGCGAGAAGUUCGAAUCCGAAUGGAUGCAAGACGAAUCAGACGACGUUGACAGUGGAUGGAAGAGUAGAGAAUAACAAUGGAAAAGUGUUGCUACCGAACUCGACAAGUCAGCCGAUGUUGUCAACUCAAUCAGCAAGAGGAUGCAACACUCUUCCUCGACGGGCUGCCAUCCUGACAUCUUCGCAGUCUCAAACUGGCAUGAUUUCGCUGACUCAGCAGGUCAAUGCAGUCAGAUUGGACACACAUAAAAGUGAUACUUUCGAGCAAAAUGAUCUGGUGCUAGAUAAUUCUGGAGCAGUCUUAUCUGGAAGUAGAGAUGCUCUCAUCCGUCGACUCGUUCCAACCAGAGAUUUCUGUCCUGAUGAAUCGUAUAUUUUCUCACUUCUCGUCAACAUCCGGACGUUUAUCUCUCCACACGAAUUGAUGCAAAAAAUAGUUCAGUAUUGCAUGUUCGCUCAAAAUGCCGACUCGCACAAUUUCGCAAAAGAGGGAAGAGGAAGAAUGUUCGCCCAUAUAUUGAGAUUAUGCAGUGAAUGGGCAACAAAUAUACCGUAUGAUUUCAAGACAGAAUAUAUGAGAACAAGACUGAAUGAAUUGCUUCGAUUAUGUGCAGUGGAUAAGACGUAUCAACAGAAAACAACAGAUUUACAGGCCACAUUGAGAUCUUCAUUGAAUAAACUAGAUCGAUAUGAAAAAGCAGUCGCAAAUCUACAAAAGGCGUUAUCAGAAAAUACAAAUCUUCCAGAACAAUCUGACAGUAUGACGGGUCUGUUUCUAAUGUGUAAUGAUGCCAAGAUAGUUGCCCAACAGUUGACUCAUAUAGAAAUGGAAAGAUUCAGUAUGGUAGGAGUUGAUGAAAUUGUGCAGAGUCUUGCCUCGGAUCCUCUAUCAGAAAUUGGAAGACAUUCGAAAAAUAAAGAAGGAACGAUCAGUUCAAUAUCAUUUUAUAUCGAAUGGUUCAAUCGAUUAUCUGCUUUUGCAGCGAUUGAAGUAUUGAAACAAACGAAGAAGAGAAAUCGAGUUGCGGUAUUCGAAUUUAUGAUUGAUAUUGCAAAAGAGUGUUGUGAAAUUGGAAAUUUCAAUUCAAUGAUGGCUAUUGUUGCUGGUUUAUCUCUUCCUGCUGUGAGCAGAUUGAAGAAAACUUGGUGUCGAGUGGAGAAAGCGAAGCUCGAAAUACUUCAACACCAACUGGAUCCAUCUGGAAAUUUCUUGAGCUAUCGUGCAACAAUAAAAGCAGCACAAUGGAGAGCUGACAGUGCAAGAGGAAACCAACAGAAAAUAGUGAUUCCAUUCUUUGUUCUUCUACUCAAAGAUUUGUUCUUGAUCUACCAUGGACAUCCGAGAAUUCUACCGAAUGCUCAUUUGAACUUCAUGGCAUUCAAUCAAUUAGCAGAACAAUUGAGAGACGUUAUUCAGUGGAAAUCGACAAUUUGCACGUUUGAAAAGAAUCCACAAGUUCUACAAUAUCUGUUGAUUACGGCAGUUUCUGGAGAGAAAGAUUCCAUGUUGAUGUCUUUCGAAUGCGAGCCGCCAGAAUCUUCCUCUGAACGAGAUCAACACAAAAAACUAAAAGGAGGAAAGUGA